AUUGUUAAGUUUAGUUUGCUAUAAUUUAAUUCAUAUUAAGGUAAAACCACCUGCUAAUUUAAUUUAGUUUAAUCUUUUAUUAUACAAACAGCAAUUAAGAAAAUUAAUCAUUUUUAUGAGUGGUGUCUCAUCAAUUAGAAGUUUCAAGAAAUUGUACCUUAUCUAUGAAAUAAUCAUAAAACUUGAAGAUAAGUCCACUAUAAUACUUUUACUUAUUCUCUAAUAAAAAAUAGACUAUAACAUUUUUAAUUAUAAAAGAUAAAAAUUUGCCAAAAAACCAACCUGAAACCUCUUCUAGAGAUGCAAUUAACGCUCAUAUUAAAGUUUUAUUUUCUUAAUUGUUCUAGGUAUUAUAUCUGGAAUGGAAAAUAACAUAUAUCCCUAAUAGAAAUUAAGCUGUUACAAAUUGAACAUUGCUGUUGCACAAAUAAAAUAAAGUUAAAAAUAGUAGUUUUCAUGGCGUAGUACUGGAUUACAAAAAUCUAAAAUCUAAACUGAAAUAGACUGUUCGUAGCAGUCACCUAGUAACCAUAUGGAUCAAACAGCAGUGCUGUUGAACAUCGCACCAGCAGUCAGUCAAAUACAAAUUGAGUUGACAAAAAAGUUGAAACAAAGUAUCGGCAGAAUACCACAAAUUUAAACGUUAUAAAAAAAUAUGACUUCUAAUUUAAAUUUGCCAAAAACAUCAAAUCAAAUUGCUGAUAAAAUUUCCGAGUUGAGGGAUUCUGGAAAUCAAUCCAAAUCAUCACGAUGGAAAGAGGUAUCUACUGGGGAAGCUAUUAUCAAUAAUCAGAACAGUAAACCGAAACUGGUUCCUAUUUCUUUCUUUGAAGACAGCAAACGUUCUGGAGAAAGUCCUUCUUACAGGGAAAUGGAUGGAAAAGUUUUGGAAGCAAUCAAAGGCAUGGCUAUUUUAAAACUUAAAGUACAGAAAUAUAAGAAAAGACUUAAUAGUCUAAUGAUUGUGAUGAAGAAUAAAGACUUGGAAAUAUCCAGACUGAAAAAGAAAAUUGAAAACAUUGAAAGAGGACAAAAUAACAGAUCAACAAGCAUUUUAUCGGAAGAUGUGAUCACCCUAAUAGAUACCGUUGAAAACCUUGAAGAAAGGCUCGUGGUACUUGAAGGGUUCAUCAAGAAAAACGUGUGUUUGAGAAGCGAUAAAUGCAAAUUGAAUGAUGCCAUUUCUGACUCCAGCAAUGAAGAUAUCGAGGAUGAAGUUAUCAAAUCGAGAAUGUGUGAUGAGAGUUUUGAUCUCAUAAUAAAUCAAAUUAAAGAGAUGAAUCAAGAAGCUGGAGAGAUUCAUGUUUAUCACUCCACACAGACUGGAGCUACAUUCCAGAGGUGCAACAGUUUGUCUCUCACUUUAUACGCGAAUGGAUUCUCGAUUGAAGGUUGCCAAUUCAGACAUUAUUGGGAGCCCGCUGCACAGCAAUUCAUCAAAGAUAUAGUGGACGGCUAUUACCCCAGCGAAUUCCAAGCUCGAUUUCCAAGGGGCAUUGUAUUGAAUGUUGACGAUAAGAGAACGGUACACUUCAAUGGCUGUAAUCAAGCGUCUUUCAAAGGGAAAGGUUUCAGGUUGAGCUCUGAGAUUGAUUCGAAACGAUCAUCAUUCACUUCUCUGAAGAAACUGCUCCCCCCUGGAUUUGAAAGUAAUACUACUGGGAAAAAUAAUUCGGAAAAAAAUAAAAAUUCUUGCAGUUAUAGGGAGCUUAAUUCAAAUAAUAAUGAUUAUUGCAAUGUCUACGAAACACAUUUUUGUGACACUACCAUAAGAAAUGGAGAGAUAUUCAGGAAAGAAAAGAAUGAUAAUGAAUCGCUUUCUACAAUAACGGCUAAAUACUUGAAUAAAAAUAAGAAGCAUACGAGUUCUACUGUUCAGUUGAAGAUAGUAAGCUCUCAAGAUCGAAAUUGUAUGUUCAUGCUUACUAUGGAUACUUGUCAAACUAUCAGCGAUCUUCAAUCGUAUUUACCAGAAGAUUUGAGAAAUAAGCAAAUUAUGAUCUAUAAAGACUACUGUAAAAGUGAAGUAUUGAAAGAUACCUCAAUGACAUUGAGAGACUAUGGAAUAGAUAAAAACGCUUUAUUGAUACUUCGCGAGAUUUGAUAAAUGGAUUGAAUGCUAAAUGGAAUAUGGCCGCUAAUGUGCUAUCAGCUUACUUUAAUAUAUGCAUUUAUCAUAUUUUUAUAACAGUUUGUGAUAAAUUAGUUGUUAAAAGAGAUUAUUAAUUAACUCCCUUCACGAUAUUGUGAAUUUUGAAACAUUCUGAUCUUUUAAAACAAACUACGGAACUAGUACAGUUAGAUAAUACGAUGAAGUUAUUCGCACUAACCCAUUGAAUAAUAUUUGUUGAAUAAAUUUUCAAAAAUUCAAA